AUGGAAGUAGGCAACUUGAGAUUUUUAACUGCAUUGGACAUCUCCGAAAAUAUGUUAGGAGGUGAAAUUCCAAAUAGUUUAGGUGAUUGUGUUGCAUUGGUAUCAUUGAGGAUAGGGGACAAUUCCUUCCACGGGUCCAUUCCUCAAUCGAUCAAAUCAUUAAGAGGCAUUGAAGAACUAGAUCUUUCACACAACAAUUUUUCCGGGGAAAUUCCACAAUUCUUGGAGGUAUUUCGGUUUUUGAAGGUUCUGAAUUUGUCUUACAAUAAUUUCGAAGGCAUGCUACCACGUGAAGGAGUCUUUGAGAAUGCUACCACUACUUCUAUUAUUGGGAAUGCUAAGCUUUGCGGUGGAUUGCCAGAAUUUCAGCUUCCUAAAUGCAUCUCCGGUAGCUCCAAGAGUAGAAAAGUCCAUCAUGUAUUGAGAUUGUCCGCUUUUGUUAUUUGUGGCCUUCUCGUAAUUUCUCUAGUUCUUGCUAUUCUAUAUCUCUCUUGGUGUAAGAAGCAAGUACCGGAAUUGGUUUCAAGUUCUAUUGAUGUUUUAUGUCCGAACAUAUCUUAUGGAACAAUCCUAAAAGCAACCAAUGGUUUUUCUUCAACCAAUUUGGUCGGUGUUGGAAGCUUUGGUUCUGUUUACAAGGGAGUACUUGAGGACAAUGGGACUAAUGUUGCAGUGAAGGUGCUUCAUUUAGUGGGUCGCGGUGCUUUGAAAAGUUUCAUAGUUGAGUGCGAGGUAUUAAGAAACAUCAGACAUCGAAAUCUUUUGAAGAUAAUGACAGUAUGCUCGGGUGUUGAUUAUCAAGGAAAUGAUUUUAAGGCCAUAGUAUAUGACUUCAUGGACAAUGGAAGCCUAGAACAGUGGUUACACCCAAACGCAACACCAUCUCAUGAAAACGAGCCUCCGAAAAAAGUGAAUUUCAUUGAGAGGAUAAAUAUUGCUACUAGUGUUGCUUUUGCACUGGAUUAUCUUCAUCACCAGUGCCACAACCCUAUUAUUCAUUGUGAUCUAAAGCCGAGCAAUGUUCCUUUAGAUGCUCAUAUGGUUGCGCAUGUGGGUGACUUUGGAUUGGCGAAGUUCCCUCUUGGAUCAUCCCUUGAUACUAUAGCUAAUCAUAUGAGCUCUAUGGGCCUAAGAGGGACAAUUGGUUAUGCUCUACCAGAAUAUGCAAUGGGAUGCGAGGUCUUGAGAGAAGGCGAUGUCUACAGUUUCGGCGUCCUCUUACUAGAGAUGUUCACAGGAUUGAGUCCCACCAACGACAGAUUCAAAGACAAUAUGACUCUCCAUAAUUUUGUCGCAAUGGUGAAUGUUGUAGAGUGGGUCUUUAUGCCUUAUGUGCAGAAGUUAGAGGGGGCUUUCUCGUGA